AUGUCACCUGUCCUGGCAACCCAAGAGCUUGUCAGAUCGCCUUUGCCGCGAUCCGCGUUAUCAAUGCCUGUUAUCACACUGACCAAACACCCGAUACUAUCACGAGGAGAGAUGCGAGACUAUGACGAUGGUCCGUACUACUAUAACGGCUAUGAUGACUACCACGACUACAACCGGCAUUACGGCCUCAGCGCCGGCGCCAUUGCCGGAAUAGUGGUGGGCUCCGUUGUGUUCCUCCUCAUCGUCCUCUGGGCGCUGUGGUGCUGUUGUUCACUCGGCCGCACGAAGAAGCGCACGCACUACCCAAGGGAGCGCAAGUACCGGACGCGGUCUGUCGAGAGACGGACAUACUAUGUGCCAGAUCGGAGGCACCAUCACCAUCACCACCGGUACGACUGUUGCGGGCGGGACAACGUCGAGAACGUUUACAUCGACGACACCAACAUCAACAUCCGGCCGGCGGAGCCGACGCACGCAAAUCACCACGAUCGGUAUUACUACAACGACCCGCGUUACAAAGAGUACUACCGCAAAUACUAUACAUGA